CGUCACUACUAUAGGGUCGCGGCACUGCUUUCGGCUGCACUCGCAGUAAUCACAGCGACUGUGACGUCGGACCACGAAUUCAGCAUCUGAGGAAUUUGGGGCGUAAAAUUCUACUAUGGAGUCAUUAGAACAAAUGCCAAAAUCCGAUACUAUAAGGCUUCGCGAUCGUCAUAUCGGACAAUCGUGUAAGCUAUUCUACAACUCGAAUCCAUUAAAAAUCGUAAAGGCCGAAGGACAAUACAUGUACGAUGAAAGGGGCAAUCGAUACUUGGACUGCAUAAAUAACGUCGCGCAUGUUGGCCACUGCCAUCCGGACGUCGUACGAGCCGGGCAGGAACAAAUGGCCCUGCUGUACACAAACAAUCGUUUCCUUCACGACAACCUGGUGAUAUGCGCGAGCCGAUUGGCUUCACUCUUACCGGAACCUUUGUCCGUUUGCUUCCUGGUGAAUUCCGGGAGCGAGGCUAACGAUCUCGCUCUCCGUCUCGCUCGGACGCACACGAAGUGCAAGGAUGUCAUUACGUUGGACCAUGCUUAUCAUGGACAUCUCACCACAAUAAUCGAUAUUUCACCGUACAAAUUCAACAAGCCUAGCGGCACCGGCAAAAAAGAUUGGGUGCACGUGGCUCCCUGUCCGGAUGUGUACCGCGGAAAAUAUCGUUCCAUUGAUUACGUCGACGAAGAUCUCGGCGUUAAAUACGCCGAGGAUGUAAAGCAAAUUUGCGAUGACGUCAAAGCCAAAGGACGCGGAGUUUGCGCUUACAUCGCGGAAAGUCUCAUGUCAGUCGGUGGACAGAUUUUACCGCCACAUAAUUAUUUCCGGAAUGUAUAUAAGCACGUACGUGAAGCAGGAGGUGUCUGCAUCGCGGAUGAGGUUCAAGUCGGUUUCGGAAGAGUCGGCACUCACAUGUGGGCAUUUCAAUUAUAUGGCGAGGACGUUGUUCCAGAUAUAGUGACGUUGGGCAAGCCCAUGGGUAAUGGUCAUCCUGUCGCGGCUGUCAUUACUACGCCUGAAAUCGCGCGCAGCUUCCGCGACACAGGAAUCGAAUACUUUAACACGUACGGCGGUAAUCCCGUAUCCUGCGCGAUGGCGAACGCGGUGAUGGAGGUGAUGGAACGCGAGAAUCUUCAGGAAAACGCUUUGAAAGUAGGCAAUCAUCUGAUUGCGGAGUUGGAGAAAGUAGCAAAGCGACGGAAGAUCAUCGGCGAUGUGCGCGGGGUUGGACUAUUUGUAGGAAUUGAGUUAGUUCGCGACAGAAUUAAGAGGAUACCGGCGACGGCUGAGGCGAAGCACGUUGUAUCCAGGAUGAAGGAGAAGAAGAUCCUCAUCAGUAGCGACGGACCUGAUAACAAUGUUCUGAAACUGAAGCCACCGAUGGUCUUCUCUAUUGAAAAUGUUAACCAUUUCGUAUCCGUUUUCGACGAAGUACUCGAAGAAGUCGACAUCGAUUUCAACGAGGAGCCGGAAAUCACUACAACUAUUAUCAAAGCAACGAUCUCCUCUAUAGAAGUCAAUAGAAACACUUCCGCAGUGAACAACGGAAAUUCACUAUUCGUUCGCGCUAAUUAAUAAUAUAAUUUGUAAAUAUUACAAAUACUAAAUUUUUAGUAAU